AUGAAACCUUACGUUAGACACCAGAGAGUACACACAGGGGAGAAGCCCUACUCCUGCUCUGACUGUGGCAAGAGGUUCGCCCACUCAGGAGGCCUCCGAGAACAUGAGAGGAUACACUCCGGAGAGAAGCCUCACUCCUGCUCUGUGUGUGGGAAGAGCUUCACCCAGAAGGGAAGUCUUAGGGUUCACCUACGGACACACACGGGGGAGAGACCUUAUUCUUGCUCCAUCUGCGGCAAGAGUUACACCCAAAAUGAAUUUUUGAAAGUGCACCAGCGAACGCACACGGGAGAGAGGCCCUACUCCUGCUCUGUGUGUGGCAAGGGCUUUGCUCAGAUAGGAAACUUGAAGAAACACCAGCGGAUUCACACCGGGGAGAAGCCUUACCAGUGCCAGGAGUGUGGUGCCAGUUUCACCCAGAAGGACAGCCUGAAGAUGCACCAGAGGUCUCACACGGGAGAGAAGCCCUGCGUCUGCCCUGAGUGCGGGAAGGGUUUCCGCGACAACGGGCACCUGAAAGUCCACCUGAGAGUGCAUACAGGUGAGAAGCCGUACUUCUGUGGCCUGUGUGGGAGGAGGUUCGCCCAGCCUGCCACUCUGAAAGUACCACCUCCGGACCCACGCAAGAGAGAACCAGACAGGAGGUGA